GUUACAAAUCACACCCACAAAUUUGAUGGCAUUCUGCUCUCCACAACCGCAACUCCACCACCACCGCCACCCCCACCCCCAUAAUGCACGCACUCUUCUUCAAGCCCCCCACAAGUUCUACCCCUUGCAUUUUAGCCCCUUCUUGCAACUCUUUUCUCUACUCUUUUAGGCCCCAUAAGCGCUUCCAUUUCCUCAAGCCAUGCUCUUCCAUGAAACAGACCAAGAAGCAGCAGACGCUCCAGAAGACUAAUGUCCCCCAGAGUUUGAAGUGGUUCUUGAGCCCCAAGAGCGGUGGUGAUGAUGAUGACGAAGAUAAGAUUAAAGGAGAGGGCUUGGAGAGUGAUACUGCCUUAAAAGGUACCCUUUUGGCUGGAGUUUUGCUGGUGGGUGUUGUUGGUGGAUUCGGGACUGUUGGGUAUAUUUAUAAGGACCAGAUCAAUGCGUUCUUGAACCAGUUUUCUGGGUUUAUUGAAGGUUAUGGUCCUGCUGGAUAUGCUUUGUUUGUGGCAGUGUAUGCAGGUUUGGAGAUCCUUGCAAUUCCUGCCAUUCCGUUGACCAUGUCGGCUGGACUUCUAUUUGGAUCUGUUAUUGGCACCAUCAUAGUAUCCAUCAGUGGAACAGUGGCAGCAAGUGUUGCUUUUUUGAUUGCCAGAUAUUUUGCCCGCGAACGAAUUCUUAAGCUAGUUGAAGGAAAUAAAAAAUUUCUUGCAAUUGACAAAGCAAUUGGAGAAAACGGCUUCAGGGUUGUCACUCUUCUUCGUUUGAGUCCUUUGCUUCCAUUUUCACUGGGGAAUUAUUUGUAUGGAUUGACAUCUGUAAAGUUUGUUCCAUAUGUUCUGGGAAGUUGGCUGGGGAUGCUUCCAGGAACAUGGGCUUAUGUUAGUGCUGGAGCAUUUGGGCGGGCCAUUAUUCAACAAGAAGAGUCUGAAAUUGCUAUUGGUGGAGGAAACAGUCAGUUACUGACUCUUGGUCUGGGGCUGUUGUUCACAGCCAUCGCUGCAGCUUAUGUGACGCAGCUUGCUAAGGAUGCUGUGAAAGACAUUGAGUGAACAAGGAAGCAUUGGCUUGCCCUAUUAAGUUGGGCAAUAAUAUAGUUUAAAUUUUAUAGUUAGAGUUGUAAAUGUAAUUGUAUAAUUGGCCCCAAACACAUCUCUAACUUUUCUCCUGUAAUUUAUUUUUUUCUCCAUAAAUGUUAUGUUUCAUACGAUACAUAAAUUAAGAAGCCUUGUGCCUUUCUUCUA